AUGCCGCCCUCCGUAGUCCUCAUCAGACACGCCGAGGCGCUCCAUAAUGCCGCCAAGGAACACAUGCUCGCCCACCCCGACGACGACCAAGCAGUCACCGGCGAGGGCAUUCUUGAUCCGGGGCUGUCCGACCUGGGGAGGAAGCAGGCGGCCGAGCUGGGCGAGCACCUCAAGGGAGGCCUCCUCGCCAACCGAAAGGUCGGGCUCAUAGUCGUCAGCCCCAUGCGCAGGACGCUCGAGACGUGCCUCAUCGCGCUGGGCUGGCUGAUGGACCAGGGCGUGCGGGUCGAGCCCGACGCUCGGUGGCAAGAGCUCUGGGACAAACCCUGCGACACGGGCGUGUCGGCGGCGCAGCUGGCAGCCGAGUUCCCGCAGUUCGAUUUCUCGCGGUUGGACCCCGUUUACCCGGACAAGACGUCGGCGGCGGGCGCGGCGUACCGGUACUCGCGGGCGGCGGUGCUGGCGCGCGGGCGGGCAGCAUUGCAGGACGUGCGGGACUGCAGCGGGUGCGCCGACGGGGAGCUCGUGCUGGUCGUCACGCACUCGGGGUUCCUGCGUCGUAGCGUUGCUGGCCGCUGGUUCGCCAACGCCGACUACCGCGUCUUUGACUUUGCGCCGCCGGUUGCAGAAGGAGAGGAGGACGAGAGCGCUAGGGUCCAGCUUGUCGAGUGGGAUCUCACGCACGAGCACGGCGGGCUUGGGCGCAGCAGCGCCGAGAUUGUCGAAUGGGGCGACGGCUUGCCUGAGCGGUGA